ACUUUCCUGUCAGUUUCCUUGUAACUCCCAACAGUCAUAAGUCUACUUAAAAAAACAAAAAAAAAAUAUUAAACAGGUUUUGGCUGUUCAAAAUACAGAUUGGGAAACACAAGUUUUGGCCCUAAACCUUUCCUAAAAUUUUAAACGUUUCGCCAAACUAACAAUAGACCGGACAUUUGACCAACAUGUUUCCCGAUGAGUUCGACAACCAGCCCUUCGAUCCCUUCAACGUGGGUCCGCCUAACUCAGGACUCCGCUUGGAGUAUAAUAUUCCCACCUGCUGCUCGUAUCCACCACCAGUAUUUGUCGCCAAACCAGAGUAUGUGAAGGCGGCCGAGGACCAGAAGGCUCUGUUGACCGGUUCACAGGCCUCGUUUAGCCGUGACAGCAAGCUCAAGGUGGGCAAGUCCCGAAUCGGCGAGGUGGCCAUUUCAAAGGCCAUCAACGAGGAAAUGUCUCUGGCCAAGAAACAGGCGGCUGCCAUCCACGAAAAGGCCCGCAUCGAUGCAGGCGGGGAAUCGAAGGUUAACGUUUCAAUCGACUCUACAUCGGACGAGAGGGUCUCUGCCAAGGACUCGGUGCGCACUCUGCUACCAGUGAAGUCAAAGCGUCAGACCAGCGGAGGGGGUGGGGCUCAAAGCUCCGGAUCGGACUCAAGUGUGGCCCAAAAGACCAGCAAAGUUUCGCAGGUCAGCAGCAAGCCCUCUAGGGUCUCUCAAGCCGAUUCCACUACCGUUUCCAACACCACCCUUUCACCGAAGUCUAUUUUGAAGAAACCAAUUAAGUUCAAAGACGCAGUCGAAAUGUCAUCCAUCAGCAUUAAAUCAAAGCCAUCUGCCAGAGAGUACCUUAGACCUAGGCCUUCAGAAAGAUCCACAAGAUCCCAUACAUCCCAGAAAAAUGUGGACGAAUCUGCUUCAACCGCCACAAUCAGAAAGUCUAUAACGUCGACCGCAUCCUUGAAACAAGAAAAAGAAAACGCAUCAAAGGCUUCAAUCAAGUCAAAAACGAAUGAUGCUCCAUCCAGGAUUGGCCUAAAAGAAAAUGCCAAUAAAGUGCAGUCGCAUUCGGAUUUUUCCUUUGGAAAAAGCUUGACGGAACAAGUGGCCGAUUUGGCAGAUCGCCUAAACGCCGGAAAUGAGCCAAACUUUAGGCGUUACGACUCGGUGGUUCGAAAUCACUCCGUUUCCGAGCCAAAAAAACUGAAUCAUGGGGAUCGCAUGACUUUCUGGUUCAGCGAUGCGGUGCUUUCAUAAAACAUAAACAUUUUUUAAACGCAAUUUAACAACUUUAGUUCAGUUUGCGUUGACCGGAAAUAAUCCAAACAAAAAUUAGCAGUUUUCAUAUUCGUUCUAUUUAAUAGAAAAAGAAAUGGAUAUGGAAUGGAAUGCAAAACCUGAUUUGCGGUUCGACAUUUUUUGGUUGACAUUCGGUGUCAUUAAUUCAAAAAAGCGGUAGAAAAAAAAUAUUUGCGGUCACUGGUCCAUAUUGAAAAUGCAGAAACCCGGCAAAAAUUAUGCGCUAAAAAAAGAGGUCAUAGUUUGUCCACGCCACUGUAAAUUGGGAAGUAUUUAUUCGAUCAUUAAAAAUGCAAUUCAAGCCAAACUGAAAAAAAAAACCAAAAUUUACAUUAAUUUUAUAAAAGAAAACUAACCUGUGUUUCCGAAUCGGAUUAUUCCAACAGAUCACUGAACUGGCAAAACAAAUUUGUCAAAAAUAAUGCAAAAAUAGUGUGCAAAUCGUUUUGGUUCGGUUAUCAAAUUAAUGGCGCAGAAUGCUAAUUGCAACUGCCAGAGGACGACAACAAUGUUAGUUGCUAGUUUGUCGGUAGCUGCCUAAUCAGCAUCAGUAUUUCGCCCUCGGGUCCCUAAUUGUGGGCUUCGCAAAAUGGUUUCGCAGAAAAACGGGCGGCCAGAGGCAGUGUAACAAUUAUAAUAAAUGCUUGUGGCUUACAUUUAAUUGCAUGUCAAUUUGUAAGCCACUGGCCCGAGCACA